GUUUACAAAUUUUCGCGUGAAAGUUCGUCGAAAAUUGUUACGAUUUUUUCAAUCAGAAAUUUAAUUUGUUUCCUUGUGAUAAAACUGAAUAUCUUAUACAAUUAGUGAUAUUAGUAAAAGUGAGUGUGUGUUAAAAGCUAGUGAUCACAAUGGUAAACCGCCCCGUCGUGACGGGGCUCUCGCCCAAAGAAGGCCCCCCGGGAACGCGAGUCACCAUCCGGGGCGAGUACCUGGGCUCGAAAGCGUCCGAUUUGGUGGGCCUGACCAUCUGCGGCUGCGACUGUUUGCUGUCCGCCGAGUGGAAAUCCGAUAAGAAAAUCAUCGCCCGAACUGGGGCCGCUAAGGGAAAAGGCGACAUUAUCGUUACGACACGGAUGGGAGGAACCGGCACAAGUACGGUGCAGUUUAGGGCGUACUAUGAGACGAUUGGCCCCAUGAAGGAAUCGGCUGUGUGGAUCGAGGAAUCGCCAAUGCAGUCGCUGGCCUGGGGGAGACGAUCUUUGGCACCGACAGGUUACAUUCAGGAAGAUCCGCUGGGACUGUCCAUCGAGGGGAACGAUAAGAAGUUCCCGGAAGAUUUACGGGACAUUUUCCCGGAGGGAUCAGGAGAUUUAUCCCAAGAAAACUUCCUUCCGGGAUGGUUCCUACUAGAGAACCACCAUGCAACAUCCUUCGAGGAUUUGAAGGCGGGAUUGUCCUAUUUGAGGCGCCGGGUGGAAAGUCAAAAGGAGGGUCAGCUAUCGUUCCUAAAGUCCAAUGCCGGAUCGGUGAUGGAUCAAUUGGACACGUUGAUGGCCCUGCGGGAUCGCGUAACGCAGGACACAAAAAUGCACGGAAAAGAUCAGGUUCGGGAUUUGGAGAAAGCGAUCACCAAUUCGAUCGACGCUUCCCAGGAGCUGUUCAAAGAUGUCCUGGCCAGGAAGGAGAAGGCGGACGCCACAAGGGCGGCUUUGUCCGCUUUGUCGCGGCAUAAGUUCCUGUUCUGCUUGCCGAAUUCGGUGGAGAAGAGCGCCGCCAGGAACGAGUUCGAUAUAGUGGUCAACGAUUACGCCCGGGUGAAGAAUCUGUUUGGGAAAACGGAAGUUCCGAUAUUCAUGAAAGUUCUCGAAGAAGUCGACCACAAGAUUCUCAACAUAAGGCAACAGCUGCAUAGUAAAAUCAAGGAGAUGCCGCAGGGAGUCGAGCAGCAAAAGAAGCUGGUCAAGGCUUUGAUCAGUUUGGAAGCCCAACAAGCGGGAACGAGUGUCGCCAGCAUGCUGGUUAUUGCGGAUCCCGCCUGGGAUGCAAUCGAAUCCCGAGCCAAGUAUCUUGAAGACACGUUCCUCAAGACGUACGAGCAAUACACCAAUAAGGAAACCAAUCCGACGGAACCGAAGUCACGUGCAGACCCGAACGCCACGCCCAACCGUGUGCAGUUCUGUGAGGAAAUGACGGAGAUUGCGGCUAGCCAGUUUCCGGACUUGUGGCGUCUGGGUCAGGCCUAUUUUACCGGGGAACUGAGAGGCGCUGGUCAACCGAAGCCCGGUAACUUCAAGCGGAUCAUUUUGACUGUGAUUGAGCAGUUUUGCUUGUACUUGAAGGCGGCGCUCCUCCCUGCCGGAAACCAGCGGUCGCUUCUCGCUGGAAGCAUGAAAGGCUUACCGACCUGGCCGGCUACUAGCCUUUCUCUGAACUAUUUGAUCACUUGGAUGCCGCAUUGUCUGCGAUACGUGAGGGUUUCGUAUGCCACAUUGAUCCGGUUGGAUUUACCAGGUGAAGCGUUGGAUAUCGUUUCGAAGUUCAUCGACGAGCUGCGGUUGUAUUGUCUAUCUACGAUCCUGAAGAAAGCGAACGAGAAGGUGAAGAAGCUGCAUGAAAAAGAAACGUGGGAAUUCGUAGUUCCGGAUUUUGCCGGAGCCACUGCAUUGCCUUCCAAGCUGGAGGAAAUCCUGACCGAGGCCAUCGAAGAUGCCCAAACGCUCUGCCUCACGCCGGAAGUACGCGAAACAUCGCUACUGGAGCCCCACUCGGACGGUCAGCGCGAAAUGUCCAAGCGCUUCCAGGAAAUCCUGGGAACAUUCUGCGGAGUUAUCGAAACUUUGGCCCUGCAACGGUCCGACGAAGACCCUCAACAGGCUCCGAUGCUGUCCCAGUUGAUUGGUUUCCCUGCGGCUCUGCUGCAGCAGCAAAUGUCGGGCGAUAAAAGCUGGGGAUCAAGCAUUACCUGGGAACAACGAAUGCUUUGCUGUCUGUCCAACUGUAUCUACUGCAACAAAAUAUUCUUCCCCAAACUGGGAGGAAUGUUCACAAAGCAUAACUACCCAGUGCCGACGAUCGCCAUCGAGAACUCCCGCUCCACGGUGAACACCCUGUUCAGCAGUCUGCUGGACAUGUACGUAGAGCACAAGAGCGAUCCCCUCGUGGGAACCAUCGAACCUUCCAUGUACAUCGGACGCUUCCAGUGGGACCAGGUGGGUGCCUCGGACAAACUGAGCCCGUACGCGCACGAGUGCUGCGAUAACUUGGUGUCGGUUUACUCGGAGAUAUUCUCCAUCUCGCCGGUUCUGCUCCGGCCGGUGCUGCAGCCGAUCGUGCAGACCGUGGCCGAGGAGCUGGCACGGUUGAUGACCUGCGUGCAGAAGUUCAACGUCAACGGGGCACUGCAGGCCAAGGUCGACAUCCACGUGAUACGCGAUGCGGUGAGGGUCUACAGCAAUGAAACGGCUAAAUCAUUUUGCGUCGAAGCCCUCGAAGCCAUUCCACAGGUUCCCGAAAGCGAGGAAAAGAUUCAGCAAACGGUGCAACAUAUCAAGAACAAUAUGCGCCUGCAGUUGAUGUGCCUCCAGGUGGUGGAUCCUUGACAGGAUUCGAUUAACUACAGAACGAUGUACUACUCUAAGGUAAGAAAGUGAUUUGGUACUGCGGGAUCUAAAUGCUUAGAAUGAUCCUUGCAAUCUGACAGACAUAUUUAACACAUAAUUAUGAUACCCGACAAGGCUUAUUGAAAUUAUUCACGAUAACUAAGUUAGGGCACAAAUACCAUGAUUAUUCCAUUAAAUGGCACAGAGUUAUAUUCAGAA